AUGCAAAGCUCUCAGGCCCCCGGUAUGGGCACGAAUUUCACUGGCGUUCCCUGGGGGCCUGGUUUCGCCGACUCCAGUCAGGACCCAGUCUGGUCCUCCACUGCCAACUGCGUGGUGAAGAUGGUGCUCAUAUCUCUCAUUGUGUGUGUGUCCUUGUUCGGGAACGUGGUGGUUCUACUGGUGUUCCAGAGGAAGCCUCAGCUACUUCACGUGGCCAACCGCUUUGUCCUCAACCUCCUCUUGGCAGACCUAUUCCAGACCAUAUUGGUCAUGCCCUUUGCCAUUGCAGCCACCGUGCCAGGUGUGUGGCCCCUUGAUGCCCGACUGUGCCAGGCCCUGGUGGUGCUCAUGCACCUUUUUGCAUUUGCUGGGGUCAACACCAUUAUAGUUGUCUCUGUGGAUCGAUACCUGGCCAUCAUCCACCCUCUGUCCUAUCCCACCCGCAUGACCCCUCACCUGGGCACCAACCUGAUCAUCUGCACCUGGGUGCUCAGCUUCCUGCAGAGCACCCCUCCUCUGUAUGGCUGGGGGGUCAUUGGCUUUGACCGCUACCACAAUGUGUGCUCAGUGGUAUGGUCCUUCAGCCUGUCCUACUCUGCUGUGGUGUCCACCUUUUCUUUCUGGCUGCCUGUGCUCAUCAUGCUUGGAUGCUACUGGAUGGUGUUCAGAGCAGCUCGGAGGCAGAACGCUCUCGUGCACCCCAUACAGACACAAUCCUACUCCCAGCCCUGCCCACAGGACUUUCAGGGACCUAGCAGUCCACCGCGGCAGCCCCAGGCCCAGUCGGCAAGUUCACCUGAUGGCCCCUACUCAGCCAGAGGAUACCCUGUUCGAGUUAGGCACAGACGCUUCCAAUACCACUGCAAGGCAGCUCGUGUGGUUUUUGUGAUCAUGGCCUCAUACAUUGUCAGCAUGGGGCCUUACAGCAUACUGAAUACUAUAUCUAUGAGCACCACAGCAGUUGUACCCCCCUGGUUGUCCUCCCUUGCCCUUGUGCUCUUUUUUUUACAGUGCUGCCUACACCCCUACAUUUAUGGUUACAUGCACCGUAGUGUGAGGAAGGAAUUCCUUGCUCUGCUCUGUGGCCUGUUCUGCAAACAGGGCCGUCCCAGCCAGAGCUCUGCCGCAGAGAGCUGCUUCACUACUACAGAGGGACGCUCAGGUGCCCACCCCCACCUGCCCAGCCUGGCUGGUCGAGUCCUCCCUCUGCGGACUUGGGAAGAAUGCACAACAUCCUCCACUUCCACCUUUGAGAGGAAGUCAAGGGACAGCCGUAAAGAGACCACUUCCACCAGCGUCACCUCUGAGAGGGAGCUCACAGUCCACAGCAAACAAAGCACAUAA